GGAUGUGUGUGUGUGUGUGUGUGUGUGUGUGUGUGUACGGCGCGGGGAGGGGUGCGCAUGCGCCCUGCGCGGCGGGGCUGAAUGUUUCCCAAGUGUUUGAAACUGGUAUUUGGGUUUUCCACGUUGGAUCAAGUGCGGCGUACGGCAGCGAGGAGGAGGAGGCUGAGGAGGCUGCGUUCGUACCGCCGGGGAGCGGCGGCGGCGGCGGCGGCGAAGCGGCGGAGAGAGCGGCGAAGCGGGGAACGGCGGCUCGGAGCGGCGCUGGCGCAGGCGGCGGGGCUGCCGCUGCCUCUGACAGACACUUUGCGGAGCACAUUUUGUUUCCAGAUUGUUUCGGAGGAGCUGGUUUGAGCCCCCCCCCCCCCCCCUCCUUUCUCCUCCUCUUCCUCCCCCCCUCUCCCUCCCUCCCUCCCCUUCACACACCACACACAAAUCCCUCUGAUUGUUCCUACCACCUCCUUCGUGAAUUACCCACAACGACAGCCAUUCAAUCAGCUGCUGCCGGCUGUAGGGGACUAGCGGAGGGUGUGUGUGUGUGUGUCGCUCCCUCUCUCUCCCCCCUCUGUUCCACACAAGAGGAGUCAGAUGUAGCUUCUCCCGGUUAUUUUUUUUUUUUUUGGAGGGGGGAGCUACGGAGAGAAGAGAGGUGGGCAGGGAGUGAGCCGUGAGCCGGGGCUACCGUCCUCGGAGGGAGCAGCACUUGCUCUCACACCGGCAGGGACAGAGAAGAGGCGUGGGGAAGGAUAUUUUUUUUUUUUAUUAUUUUUUUUCCGCUCCCCCCCCCCCUCCUCCCCGCUCCCGUCUUCGCCGGAUGAAAAUGUUGAGUCCUGCAAACGGAGACCAGCUUCACCUAGUGAACUAUGUGGAGGAUUAUCUGGACUCCAUCGAGUCUAUGCCCUUCGAUCUGCAGAGAAAUGUCUCCUUGAUGAGGGAAAUUGACGCCAAAUAUCAAGAGAUUCUGAAGGACCUGGAUGAUUACUAUGAAAAAUUUAAACGAGAGACAGAUGCCGUGCAGAAGAGAAGAAUGUUGCACUGCAUACAGAGGGCCUUGAUUCGGAGUCAGGAACUGGGGGACGAGAAGAUCCAAAUCGUCAGUCAGAUGGUGGAGCUCGUUGAGAACAGAACGAGGCAAGUGGACAGCCACGUGGAACUGUUUGAGACUUGUCAAGAGACUAAUGAUACCACUGGAAACAGCGGGAAGGCCAGCCAAGAUAAGUCAAAGAAUGAGACAAUCGCGCAGGCUGAAAAGCCCAACAAUAAGAGAUCGAGGCGGCAAAGGAAUAACGAGAAUCGUGAGAAUGCUUCAAAUAAUCAUGAUCACGAUGACAUCACCUCAGGAACACCAAAGGAGAAGAAAGCAAAAACGUCCAAGAAGAAGAAACGAUCCAAGGCUAAAGCAGAGAGGGAAACUUCUCCCCCAGACCUUCCCAUUGACCCUAACGAGCCAACAUACUGCUUGUGCAACCAGGUCUCCUAUGGAGAAAUGAUAGGAUGCGAUAACGACGAGUGCACCAUCGAGUGGUUUCACUUUUCCUGCGUGGGACUCAAUCAUAAACCAAAGGGCAAAUGGUACUGCCCCAAAUGUAGAGGAGAAAACGAGAAAACUAUGGACAAGGCGUUGGAGAAGUCUAAAAAAGAAAGGGCUUACAACAGGUAGUUUGUAGACUUUUCGUAGCGAAGAAAAAUAAAACCACCAAACCAGUGUAUUUAUUGUCAGUGUCACCUUUGUUGAGGUGAAAGGAUUGUAAAAUGUAUAUUUUUAAAGGAGGUUUAAAACUGAACCAUUCCUGUUAUAGGGACGGCAAUAAGCAAGUUUGUUUUUCAUUUGGUAAACUGUAACAAGACUGUGGUCUGUGGACCAAUGUAUUCCAAAAGUAAAGUUAUAAGAGUUUAAACUGAAUAUUCGGGUGGGUCUUAAAAGAUAAAUUAAUACUUUUUUUUUUUUUUUCAAGUGCUGGUAGCACUCUACCCAUUAAAAUUUUGAUGACAAAUAUCUCUGAAAUGUAAUUCUGUUUUCUUUAUUGAAGAAUGUUAUUUACCUUUUGAGCAAAAUUAUUUAAUAGUUUAGCCAUCUGGUUGUAUCCGAAUAAAGCUGCAAUACAUUACAAAUGUAACUUCUUUUGAUGAUAAGCAGUGCAAGAGCAAACACAAGGAGGGUAAAAUUUGGUUCCUGCUACAAAGUGUCAGUAUAACAGUUCAAUAGCAAAUGUUUAAAUAGGCUUAGAGGAUUAUUUUUAAAAAAAAAAGAAAAGUUAAUGGUUAAAUUUUACACGACAAAUAUUUUAUAUGCUGGCCAAGUACCACAAGGGCCAUUUUAAAAUGAUUGAAUAUGUUUUAUAUUUAACCAGGAAGUGGUUUAGUAAUGAGACUUAACAUAAAUGAAGCUUUAUACUGUCACAGAUAGGAAUGUAGCAAUCCUUAAUUUGUUUAAGUUGUAUAAAUGUACAUUUUUAAGUGGAGUUGCACUUACUGUAUUAUACUUGGAAAUGCAGCCAAAUGCCAUUGUGUAACCAAUGUGCAUUUCCUGCUGUAUGUAUGAAAAUUGUACAGCUGUGAUAUUAAGAAAUAAAUGAAACAACUUUGA